GUGGUUGCUCCUGGUGAAAAAAUCCUGAUGAUUAAUAUUUCUAACAGGUUGAAAUUUAAACGCAUUUAACGUUAUUAAAACUGCUCUACGCCAGCUGGCCUUUAAUAGGGUGGGAAUUGAGAGUGCCCGUUGGGUGUUGGCUGGCUUGACCUAGGAGUGGCUCUCUGGAUCGAUACUUGUCCAGAUGGAGCAGAAUGCAGCUGCCUGCACGGGGCUCGCCAUCGCCGUGCUGUCCAGCUUAGUGAACGGCUCCACUUUCGUUUUGCAGAGGAAAGGCAUCCUUCGUGCUGAGAGCAGAGGUCUGUAGACACGUCCCCUCACCAACAAAAAAAAAAGCGAAUUCCCCAAAUUAAACCGUGCUUUAUUCUAGAAUGGUCAGUGUUGUCGAUGUUACUGCACCAAAACCGACUGCUAAAAAGAAUUCAGUUGCCUGGGCUAUCUGCCCUGCCCUUUCGCACUGGCGGAAAUGCGCUAUAAUAAUGCUGCAAUGUGAGCUUCCUAUUUAACAGAAUUGAUUUGGUGGACUGGAACUUUAGGAAUGGGACUGGGUCAAAUCGGGAACUUCUUGGCCUACAACACUGCCCCUGCUGCUUUGAGACUAUUAUGUGUGAAAAUGCCAAGAGAUCAGCAUUUUCCGAGAUUCUCAAACCUCCCCAUCUGGCACCAGCAAUCAUUCCAUGGUCAAAGUCACUUUGAUCACAAACACAAAAAGCUGGAAGAACUCAUCAGGUCACUCUUGGCUUCCUAUAUGUUGCAAGAGAAGUUAAACUUGUUGGGCAAACUCGGAUGUUUAUUAAGUUGUGCAGGGUCAAUUAUAAUCCUUAUUCAUGCUCCAAAAACGGACAAUAUAACAUCAUGGGUGCAACUUGAAGAAAAACUUCUAGAUCCAGUGUUCCUUGGAUAUGUAUGUGUUGUUCUGGCAAUUCUCGUCUUGCUGAUCUUCUGGAUUGCACCUUCCCAUGGCUCUACCAACAUUGUUGUCUAUAUUGGCAUUUGUUCAUUACUGGGCACCUUCACCGUACCCAGCAGUAAAGGCAUUGGCUUAGCUGCUCAAGAUGCAUUUCACAAAAACCUGUUAAAUAAAAGAGCCCUGAGCCUUUUUAUCAUUCUGCUGGUAACACUGGGUUGCAGUAUUUUCCUUCAGUUUAUCUACAUUAAUAAGGCAUUGCAGUACUUUGAUUCCUCUAUAUUUGGUGCUGUAUACUAUGUGUUUUUUACCGUUUUAGUCAUAUUAGCAUCUGGAAUCCUCUUUCAAGAAUGGAGUGACGUUAGCUUUGUAGACUUCCUUGGAAUACUGUGUGGAUUUACUACAGUUUCAGUUGGGAUCAUACUUCUGCAGAUGUUCAAGGAGUUCAACAUUUCAGUCACUGACUUAAGGAAAGUCUCAUCAAAGAAACACUGAAAAACGAAAGAAUUUACAGACGACUUCACAGCUGUAGUUCAGUUUCUGGCCGGAUAUAUAUCAGGACAGCAAUGAACAUUGUCAGAUAUUUGGAACACAAUAAUGAAAGUUGCAGAGGAUUUAACAUAUUGUUUCAUGAACUUGGUGUGAUUAAUGUGAACCAGUUUCCAUUACCAAUGCAUGGGUUGUUUCACACUGUCCUUCAGUUGCUUCCCCUCCCCCAUAUCGAUACACAUUAAUUUAAUAAGUAAACACUACUGAGUAGAGGCUUGUGUCCCGUUAUCUUUUUUUUCCGCAGGAGUUUAGCACUGGAUUGUUGCCUGGUCUCUAUUGUUCCAAAUGUUGGCAAGUAACCAAAAUGUUGGACAACAAUUAUAAAAUGCUAAACUGCAAUUCCCAUUUGUGUUGGUAUUUCAUGAACUUCAGUUUGUCUUUAUGUUAGACAUGUUACUUUGAAGAGGGCAAUCUUGUCAUGUGAUGCCUUGUAACUAAUUUUCUUCAUUCCCUUUAUCUACAACCUUUGUGAAUGCUGCAUUGUUGCUUUACUGAAUACCGAACUCAGAGAGGACGUGAAUAGCUUUGCAAGCAGCAGUUUGUACAAGUGUGAAUUAAUAGUUUUAUCCUUGGAAUGUGUGUUUAUCGGUGAUGAAUGUACAACAGUACUGCAGUAUUGCAGCUGAUUUGAAAUUCCUUGCAUCUUUAUGGAAGUUGGAAGAAUUUUAAGGGCAAAAAUGUGCUUCAAUCUAUAGACUUUUAAAAGGGAUUUGUGGAACUUUCAAAAUUAUGAAAUGCACAACUUCCAACACAAAUGAGGAUAAGGUGCAGAUGAUUGAAGUGUUUUGAGAAACCGGAUUAUUGUUGCUGAUGCUCUACCUGAGACCGUGGUAACUUUGGAAUUUAUCUUCCUGUAUUUUCAGUUCCCAUCUGUUUGUGUUUCUGUACUGUUUUUCACAUGUGAGUGUGUCAUCAAGGUUAGUGCGGGUUCAGAAAUGGAUCCUGAAUGAAAUUUUAGCAAUUGCAUUAACUCCAUCCACUUCUCCUGCUGAGCUGUCUUGCGACACAGUCACUGCACUGAUUCUCUCUGACUUGACUCGGGCUACUUAUGGUACUGAAUAUCUGUUAUAUUGAUCACUGUCUCCAAUUCAAUAACAUGGUGAUGCUUUAUUGAUCAAUAUUUUUAUGUUAGGAUAAAUACAAAUGUGGUAGCAUAGUGGUCAGCACAACACUUUACAUUACAGGCGGCCCAGGUUCAAUUCCCGCCGUUGCCUGCAAGGAGUUUGUACGUUCUCCCCGUGACUGUGUAGGUUUCCUCUGAGUGCUCCAGUUUCCUCCCACAGUCCAAAGGCAAACCAGUUGGUAGGUUAAUUGGUCAUUGUAAAUUGUCCCGUGAUUAGGCUAAGGUUAAAUUGUGGGUUGCUGAAAGCGCAGAUCGAAAAGCCUAUUCUGCACUGUAUCUCAACAAAUAAAUAGUUUGAUAAUAAUUGGGAGCAGAGCACUUAACGGUAGCACACACAAAAUGCUGGAGGAGCUCAGCAGGUCAGGCAGUUUUCUUCAGCAUUUUUCAGCCUUAACCCCAACAAUAACAUUGAAAAAUUGAUCAAUAAUUAAAAUGUUCUCAAAUAAUGGAUUGACCUCCUAAUAAUUAUUUAUUCUCAAAAGCUGUCUACGCACUGGAUGUAUUGGGCUUGUGAUUAAACUAAAGAUAAUAUUUAACCUACUAAGAGCUGCAUACUGGUAUCUCAGGUUUUGUGAUUAGGAAAAUUUUCUACAUUUAAAAAUUUAUGUGAAAGAUACUAGUAAUUUAUUAAAUUGAUGUAAUUCCAAUUUUAACUGUUUGACAUUGAGGUUGUUUUUGUGCAAAGGUCUCUGAAUAGAUGUGAAAAUAAUCAAUGCUUUACCUACUAUGUGCCUGUGAAAUGUUUUAUGGCAGAAAACGUGUAUUUUUAAUUCCUUUUAAAUUUUUGUCUAAUAGGAAUAACGUAUAGCUGUAAUAAAGAGUAAUAUUCAUAUCAUGUAAUUUGGGACUUCUUUAGUUCUGGAAUUGAUUAAAGGGGUGAAAGUUAUAAAGUAAAUUGAUUUUUGAUAUUUUGUGGCUUCCUUAAGCCUGCACAUUAAGCUAUUUUUGGGAUUGUUUAACAUCUAAAUAAAUAGAACAACAGAUGAUUAAAUUACAGAUCUUUUACAAUAACAUUUAUAGCUAUGUAACAGUAAAUGGAGAUUGAACCUAAAAUAUCUAUGCCAAUUCAGACUUGAAGUAAUUUAAGUUAGUUCUCUUUAGUCAAUUAACAAUUUUUUAAUUUUAAGGUUUUUAUUUGUAUUUGCUUUUGCAUUUUAAAGUUUUAAUAAUUUUGGUUUUCUUUAAAUGGUUUUUGAGUUGAACAGUUGGCUUAGUGGCUGUCAAAGUAUAUAUUUUUUUGCUUCACGGGGAGAUUUUCUGGUCUUUCAUAUAACAGUAUUUACACAAGCAAGGGCUUUUUCAUAAUUGGCACUAUAGGAAUCUGAAAGUAAGUUUGGACUUGUAAUGUGGGUCCACAACAUUAAAUUUUGGGCCAAUAAUUUUUAAAUAAAAUGUUUUUAUAGGGUAACUGAUUCAGGGGCUAUUAGUUGUCAAAUGGCUAAAGAAAAAAACCUGACAUUUAUUUAAGGAGAAAUGUUAAGAAUAUCAAAUGCUUUCUUACAGUGAACACUGGAGGGCAACACAGAAGUUUUAACACCCAUUUUUCCCUCAUUGUCCAGCAGAGGUCAGCUGUGAGGUAGAAGUUGUGUCUCAAUGCAUAUUGAAGUAUUUUCUCUGCAAUGUAAUGACUGCCAAAUAGAAGCAAACCUAGUAGCCAUUUUGUACAGCACAAACAGCCAAUCCUUGAUUUUUGGAUAACUGUAUUACUUUGGAUGUGAUUGAGGUUGGUAAGGGUGGUUGUGUUACCAUUCCUCUUCCCAGAGCCUGACAUUCACCCCCACCCCCUGUUAGGUACUUUUUAUACACUGGUUUAAAUUCUAUUUCCUAAUUAUUAACAGCAAAUUCCCAAUACUUGUACCGUAUAUGGUAAAUAAAGUUGAACCUUGAUCCUACACUGUAAUCUGCCUCCACCACUGCCACCAACAGGUCAUUUCAGAACUGAGACCAUCUACUCAAUGAAGAUGUCCUCUUUCUCAAUGUUGUAACUAUAUG